AUGCCACGUCGAAGCGAGUCUUUCUGCACGUCCGAAUUACCCUGCGUCAUUGAAGACCUCGACACGUACUUCUGGAUCUCACGAAAGCGCGGCGAGAUGGGCCCGGAAAUUCGUCGGACUAAGUCUGCGGACCCUGUCCUCCCUUCCGUGCCGCAAGUGGACGGACCGACCGAACAGCGCAAGGCCAACAAGAAAAGUAAGUCGAAGAAGAAGAGUAACAAUAAGAAAAACAAAAACAAGGGAAAAGGCAAAGCUGUUGAGGUUGAAGUCGCGGUCGAGGACAAUGUUGUUGUUGCUGUCGUUGAUAGUGGCUGUGACGUGGCCAAGGAGGGACAGCAACAGAAGCAGACUGAGAACGGCGAUGACCAUCGUGUUGAUGAUGUUGUUGCUGCUACUGAUAGCGCCAUUUCUACUGCUGCUGGUGGUGAAGAAGUCAAGAAUGGUGAUAAUUUGCCUCCACCCUAUUCCAGCGCGGGAGAGGACACAAGCAUUGGCGAGCCUGCCUCUUCGGUGGUGACCAACUCGCCGGUGGCCAGAAUGGCACCGGUCGCCGAAGCAGCUGUUCUCAAGGCGAAGAUCUUGGAAGCGAUGAAAAGAAAAGAAAGACUCGAACGCCAAAUCCAAGAGGAACGCAACUCUAAUGCUCAGGCUAGCUCGUCCCAGAGAUCUGUGCCUGCUAAGUCGGAUACUUCGUCCAUUAGCCAGCAACGACCUGACACUGGUAGUGUCGACAAUCUUUCGCAAGUCAACCGUUCGCAGCACAGUCCAGUGAGUGAGAUGCGUGUCACUGGCAACAAUUCGCAACCUUCCACCUCAGUCGUGAACUAUUCUUCUGAAGAAGCUAAACUCAACAGUACUGUCGGGCUCACAUGCGGGCUCCUUGCCGCUUUGAUCCAAGCUGCUGUGUUCAUAAGCCCAUUCAAGGAUGCAACUGUCCCCCGAGAUCGUCUUGCUGUUAGCGACACUGAGACACCCAGCGAUGUCGGUCAAGGUGUGGAAGGCGGUAGUACGGUUGCUGAACGCAACACUUCGAUUGGAAAGAAAAGCGUGGUAGAUGAAAAGGGCAAGGGUGUGGAUUCACUUUCGACACAUCUCAUUCAGUUGUUCGAAAGUCGUGAGCUUUGUGAUUUUCACUUCAAACUGACGUCGUCGAGCAAUGGCUUGUACCAAUCCACCAUCAUCCCCGUGCAGGUGGCCGUUAUCGCUCGCAGCCCGUUCGUUGCCGCGCUCCUGCGGACUCAACUUUAUCGGGAAGGACACCGCGAAAUUGCUGUGACACUGGGUGACCAAGUCAACUUGAUACAGGGAUUCGAGCAAGCGAUUCGCAACCUGUAUGGGGCACCACUUCUCCACGGCGAGCAGCUGAGAACCGAGGCCCUUGCAGUACUAGGGUACACCGAAGAGUCUCAAAGCAUGUACCCAUUCCCGAUCAGAACAGCCAUGCUCGAUUUGGCCUUUUCGUACGCUGCAUCUGGAGCCUUCCUUCACGUCAGUGGCGUCCUCGAGGCAGGCAUCAGAAUGGCACUGGAGCUGAUCGACUGGAGCACUGUCGAAACAAUCAUCCACUUUGGUCUCCGUGUGGAUAGAUUCUCAAUUAUUCUGGAGGGCACCGAAACUCCUCCGGGCAGUCCUCGCGCCAAUCAUACUCGGUCCGGACAUGUCCUGGUCAGAAACCGACAGCUCCGAGACAUCUGGGCCCCAUUGCUGGUCAGAGCCGCGUUGUCGUUCAUCGCCGAGAGCAUCGAUGACAAGUUCGUCUUGUACUCCCAAGCCCAAAGCCUGCAUGUUCCAAACCGUAUCCCAGAGAGCUUGAACACUGGACCUGGUGUCAUAGGCUCUGAGCCGGGAUCUGCCUCCGCGAACUCAACAACGACUGAGAGCAAGCCAAACCGCGAGACCUUGGUCGCCUCCGCUGUGCUGAUCAGCCUCCCGUUCGUGCAUCUGCAAGAGGUGUUCAGAACUUUGAGUUCACGUCGCGUACUGUCAAACAACCUCGCACAAGCGAUAAUGAGUGAGAGGGAAUCACGACGGCUGCAGGCACUGCGAGAGCUUGGCAAGAAAGGCGAGAUUAAUGAGAAGAACCUCCCCAGUGAGACGAAGGAGUUGGGUUACGGGGAAUAUCUCGUCUUCAAGAGUGUCUGCAAGCAAGGCCAAGGACCCGUGACGGUGACAACAGAAGUCAGCCUGGAGAGGGAGUGGAUUGGUUGUCGGUCGCCAGACGCCAAACAGUAG